AUGAGACAGGCCAACCAGGUGGUUUUUCACUGGAAGGCAUGCACGCUGAAUGGUCAACAGGCCCCGGGAUGUAAAGACAUCCAAAGAGCCCGGCAACUGAGAGCAAGUAUUGACAGAGGCCAAGAUCUACCAAUGAGAGUGCACAGGAAUGCCUUUGAGCACUCUACUAAAGUACGAUUCUCAGGAAAUAUCAUAACUGUCGGGACAGCCGGUGCUCAAUUCACCGCAAUUCAGGAUGCAGUCUCAUAUGCUCAAGCACACACUAUUCCAACUAUUAAUGUAUUGAAAGGAACUUAUCCGGCUGUUACCAUCUCUGCUAUUCCAGCUGUGACAAUUCUGGGCCAAACCAAAAAUGAAAACGAUUAUUCACAAAACCAAGUUGUUGUUUCGAAUUCUGGAACUGCACUCAAGGUUUCUACCAACGUCAAGGGUUUGACGGUGAAAAAUAUCAACUUUAUCAACACGGCACCCAACGAUGGCGCUGUAGUCAUUCGAGGACGCAAAAACGCAUUUUAUCAAUGCCAGUUUAUAUCAUCUAGAAGCAUGGGAAUCACGACCAACCUUGGCAUCGGCCUUAUUGCGAACAGCUACAUAAAAGCAGCAGACACCAUCAUCUCCGGCAAAGGAACGCUUUACGUUUUCAACACUGUCAUUGUUCCUAGCGGUUCAUCUACAGUAAUAGCCUUUAACCAAGGCACUACUGUGGAUGAUACGUUAUACAACUCAACCAUGGUGUUUGACCGGAAUUCUAUCGUUUCUCGAGAUGGAGACAACCAUAAAGUAUUUCUUGCCGGAGCCAAGAGAGCUGGAUCUGUGGUCAUCUACCGCAAUUCUGCGCUAGGGAGCUCAGUUGUCACAAAUGGUGUAAGCAUUGACAGGGUCUUAUCAAAGCAACGCAGCGGAUAG